AAAGUUGUCAAAACUAGCCGUUGCAAACUCUUUCUUUCCUCGAAACAGCCGCUCCUUCUGACUUCUCUCUCCUUCACUAAAUUCUCUCUCUCUCUCACUCAGCUCAGCUCAACAUUUUCUGAUCUCAAUCUCUCUCAGCUGCGCAAGCCUCUCAUGGCGACCUGUAUCAGAAAAGGAUCACCCAAUUCCGAGCCAAAACUUCAACCUCGCGCCAGAUCUCCUCUCUCCGAGAAUCUUUCUCCAGCUACCUUCCCGCGAUCUCCUCUCUCCUUUGUCUCUCCUCAGAGCUUGCCUCCGUUGAAGUGGAGCUCCGGUCGAUUAUCAUCGCCUAAGCUCGUAGCUCCCACUACUCUUCAUGAUGAUGAUGAUGUCGAUGAUUCCAAUGAGGAAAACAAAGAUGACGAUGACAUGAGUAUUUCAUCGGUUUCGGAUGCCGGAGGAGGCACCGAGUUAUUCUCCGAUUACGAUAUCGAAGACGACGAGGAAGAGACGGUGACGGCUGGAAGACUUUACGAUGAAGAAGAAGUGUUUGGGCAUAAUAAGUCCAGCUCGAAAUUGAACAGAGGAGUGUUGAAGGAUAAGAAUCUGAGGAUUGAAGUUCCGUUUGUUAACAGAAGAGCCACAGACGGAGAUUUGGGUCUCCGGAAAUUCGCACUGAUAAAUUCAGCUCCGGGCAGCUAUCUCCGCGAGGAACGGCCGCAUACUCUGAGCUCCAAGGGAACGGUGUAUUGGGAGACUGAAGAUCUGGGAACCCCAAGUGCACCACCUAUAAUGGAUAUUGGACAAGAAGACAACAGCUUGGAAAUAGAAAAGGAAAUUGAGCAGAUUGAGGAUGAGAUUUGCAGAGAAGCAGGAGUUGAGAGCAAUCAAGAAAACAUCGGUUGCAUAGCUGGUGAUAUCAGUUCUCAUUUCUAUAAAAAUGCAGAUUUUGCGGAAAGUGUGAAGGACACUGAAACUGGGGAAGAUGCGCAAAUACAGGAAAUGUGCUCGGAUGAAUUAGAUUGCCAUAGUAUCAGUGGUCAAUAUGCUUGGCAAAGUCUUUUGGCAUAUGAUGCUUGCGUAAGGCUAUGUUUGUAUGCAUGGUCAAAGGGUUCCUCUGAGGCACCUGAGUUUCUGCGUGAUGAGUGUCGUCUUCUUCGAGGUGCAUUUGGUUUGCAUAAGUUUCUCUUGCAACCUCGGGGUGUACGAUCGACUGAAGAAAACAAAAAUGUGAAACCAGAGCAAAAGGCAUCCUUGAAGACUAAAAGCGUGGUUAGAAAGCUAAGGGUGGAAGUAAAGAGACUUCGAUUGAUACCACAGCGAAAACUUAGAGGCAUAGAUUCGUUGCGGAGUUUAAUGAACAUGCCAAUGGGGGCAGAGUAUUGCCGGCAAGUUUCAUCGCUUGUGAAAACUGGGAUGACUUCUAUUAAAAUGGCUACCCUUUCAGCAGUUUCAGAAGAGCAAUUCUCCUGCUACCUUCAAAUGAAGAGCACAGCAGAAGGAGCUCAAAAUGAACAAGGAACUUCUGUUUGUUUGCAAUCAGGAACUGGAAGUUACCAUGUCUUCUUUCCUGAGCCAGAAGGCGAUGCUCUUCUGAUAGAAGUUCAAGAUAAGAAGAAAUCAGUUCAAGGAAAAGUAACGAUUCCUAUGGCAUCCUUAACUGACAAUCCGAAUGAAAACGUUAGAUGGUGGCCAAUAUACCAUGGUGAACAAGACUGUGUUGGCAAGAUCCAGCUCUUUCUUGGUAGCACGGCCACAUCCGAUGAAGACUAUCACAUAAAGAGUGCACCUGUUGUGGAGACACUAGCAUACGAUCUGCUACUGGAAGCUGCUACACGUGCCCAAAAGUUUCAUUCUCAAAACUUAGAACUGAAUGGAUCUUGGAAAUGGCUGUUAAGCGAAUUUGCAGAAUAUUACGGAGUUUCUGAUUCAUAUACCAAGUUGAGAUACCUCUCACAUGUAAUGAAUGUUGCAACUCCAACAAAAACUUGCUUACUACUUGUUCAUGAGUUACUUGUACCGAUCCUAAGUGCUCGAAGUGAGAGGAGUCUGACCAGACAGGAGUCCUUAGAUGAAAACUGCCCUUCAGGGCUGGCAGACAUAGAUGGUCCGGUGCAAGAGUCCGCUUCAACAGCGCUUUCUCCAGCUGUACAGGUUUUUGCCCUCCUGCAUGAUAUAUUGUCCAUUGAAGCACAAGAAAUUUUGAAGAAUUAUCUUCAGACAGCAGCUAAGAAGAGGUGUAGGAAACACAUGGCUGAAACCGAUGAGUAUGUCUCCUGCAACUCUGAAGGUUUCCUUUUGGAUUCUGUCACAAUCUCUACAGCCUACCUGAAAAUGAAGAAUCUUUGUCUUAACAUAAGUAACGAAAUAGAGACUGAUAUAAAGAUCACCAAUGAGCAUGUAUUCCCAAGCUCGAUCGACCUAUCAAACAUAGCUGCCGCAGUAUACAGCACUCAGCUUUGUAACCGGCUCAGGUUAUUUCUGUCAGCAGUACCACCAUCCUGCCCACUGCCUCAUGUCAAUGAGCUUUUGAUUGCUGUUUCCGAUUUCGAAAGAAACCUCGAUUCAUGGGGCAUCAGUCCAGUGCAGGGUGGUAUAGACUCUAGGGGGUUAUUCCACAACUACAUAAUGGUUUGGAUACAUGAUAUGGAACUUAGGCUACUUGACCGAUGCAAAGCGGAAAAGGUUCCCUGGUCUGGUGUGAUUACAAAUCACUCAACAUCACCGUUUGCUGAGGACAUGUAUGGGAGAAUAAAAGAUUCUCUUGUCGAGUAUGAAGUAGUGAUUAGUCGAUGGCCACAAUACACAUUGAUCUUGGAAAAUACUGCUUCAACUAUAGAGAGAGCAAUCGUUAAAUCGCUGGAGAAACAAUACAAUGACAUACUUACUCCUUUAAAAGACAGCAUUCCAAAGAGGCUUAAUAUGCAUGUCCAGAAGCUGACAAGAAGGCAAUCAUCAGCUCUCUACUCUGUUCCAACUCAACUAGGAACUUUUGUCAACACCAUAAAGAGAAUUCUUGAUGUUCUACAUCACAGAGUUGAGGAUAUCUUGCGGCAAUGGGCAUCGUGUCUUCCAGUUGUUGAAGACAAGAAGUCACUCUUUGGGGAGCAGAUGAAUGCAAUCACGGUCUUGCUCAGGACAAAAUACAGAAACUACAUGCAGGCCGCGGUUGAUAAACUUGUUAGCAACACGCAAUCAAACAAAAGCACAAGGCUGAAGAGAAUCUUAGAGGAGAUAAAAGAAAACGAGAGAGAAGGCGAAGUCCGUGAACGUAUGAAGAUGCUAUGCUCACAAAUCACAGACUCAAUCUCAAAUCUGCACGAUGUCUUCACAAGUCAGAUAUUUGUGGCUUCGUGCCGCCUCUUCUGGGAUAGAAUGGCACAGGUGGUCUUGAAGUUUCUUGAGGGAAGAAAGGAGAAUGAAGUAGGCUACAAAGGCUCUUACUAUGCUCUUGGGAUAGUGGAGGACACGUUCGCAUCAGAGAUGCAGAGGCUGCAAGGGAACUCGCUACAGGAGAAGGAUAUGGAGGCUCCUCGUUCGGUGAUUGAAGCACGUUCCAUUCUCUCUAGAGACAAUACCAAUCACUCUUCUUACUUUUAUGUCUAG